AUGGACAAAAUAUUCUCCAGCAAAAGCAAAUCAGCCCAGCCAGUCUGGACCUUCACCAUCGACAGCUCGGGAGAAACAAUCUCCUGCUCAGGCAGAUCAGUCUUCCAGCUUACCACCCAAAAAUCAGAGCCACAUCUUACCAUCUCGCGUCUCCCACCGCCGGGACCAUGGUCUCCAGCUCCCACCCCCAUCGGAACCUGCACCGUCCACAAGUUCCCCUCUAGCAAGGUGGACGUCACUCUUCACGGCCACGAAUUCCUGCUCAAGCGCGACUUCCUCAAAAGCGAUAACCACCACUUCGAUUAUCCGCCGCUAGGGCACUUCAAAUGGAAGCCUGAUGCAUGGGGAGGGAGUAAACUGGAGUUGUUUGAUAACGAGCGGCGCCUGUUGGCAAGAUACAACAAGAAGGUGUCUUUGAAAGGGCAGGGUCAGCAGAUUGAAGUGUUAAUCCAGGGGGAUGAGCGGUUCGUGGAAAUGGUGGUUGUGACGGCGUUGGCGAUGAGGCAUUAUAUUGAGGUGGAGAAUAAGGAUAUUAAGAAGGUGACGAAGAUUCUUGAUGGUGUGGGAGAAGUUAUGGGGGGUUAG